AUGUUCUUCUCCAUGUUUCCUCAAGCCAUGUUUUUUCCACUGCCUGAGUCCAAAUUUCAGUACCUGCUCACGGCUUGCGAGCCUUACGAGACAAUCGCCUUCAAGGCAUCAAGUUUAGCUGCUCAUGACUCCGCAAGGAUGCACGACUCCUCUCUGGCACAGGUUCCGAACAUGGAGAUUGACAAGGCGGAGAACAAGUUCUUUACGAGCUGGGAUCCGCAGCGGAAGGUGUUCACCAUGCAGGCACCAAACGGUAUAUUCUUCAAAGACCGUGAAGAGAAGGAGCUGCCCGCCCUGCCUCAGCGACCUGGCACCACAAAUCUGGCCUUCCAUGGUGGUGGUGGCUUCACGCGGUGA